CUUCAAAAUUCUCGCUUGUUUUGGAAACUGACUGGGUCCCAUAUGAAGACUGUGGAUCCUGUUUCCAUGAAAGUGGAUGUUGUCUAUACAUAUGAUGUAACGAAAAUAUCCAGGAAUAGAUUUCAAGACGGUAAUAAGGACAAAGACUGUGCAACCAUACUAAAGAAAAAUCCCGGUCGGAGAGGAAGGGAUGGUGUAUAUACCAUUUAUCCGGAUGGAAUACAAGGGAAGAGAGUGUAUUAUGACAUGACAACAGAGGGAGGAGGUUGGACGGUUUUACAAAGAAGACAGGACGGUUCUACAGAUUUUUACCGGACUUGGCGAGAAUAUAAACAAGGCUUUCGGGAUACCUCUACAAACUACUGGAUUGGAAAUGACGCAAUCUAUCAGCUGACAAAGAAGAAUGACCAGGUACUACGAGUUUGGCUUAAAAAAUUUAAUGGCGACGAAGGAUACGCUCAGUACACCACUUUUUAUGUCGGGAACGAAGGCAGUAAAUACAAACUCACUGUGUCGGGAUAUUCAGGAACCGCAGGUGAUAGUUUGCGUGGAGCGAGAUUCAGUAUCAAGGACCAGGAGAAUGACAGGUGUAGUGAUGGUAAAUGUACUACAAAAUAUCACGGAGCCUGGUGGUAUACGUGGUAUGGUGUCUCAAACCUUAACGGGCUGUACAGCCGGUAUCGUGUGUUUGCUUAUAAAUACCCGAAGAAAUGUAUACCAGAUAUCAUUGUCACUAACAGGUUUCCUAAUAAGGAGAAAUUAAAUCAGAAAAUUGUUAUAUGUAGGACCACAGUAGUUAUGAUAAAACGAUAUAUAGAUUUGUUGCUGGUUGAGGUUCAGAUUUCAGAUAAAGUGCAGCGCCAAUAG